AUGACUGAGGAGGUGAAAACAAAAGAGAAGAAACCACGUAUUGAAGUAAAAGAGAUAUCCACCCCGGAGGAGCUAGCGACACUGCUGGAAGAGGCAGGCGAUAAGCUGGUGGUGGUCGACUUCUUCGCCGACUGGUGUGGCCCCUGCAAGAUCAUAUCCCCACGUGUCACGGACCUCGCUAAUGCCCACGAUGACGUCAUCUUCAUCAAGGUUAACGUCGACGAGUGCGACGAAAUCGUCAAGAGGUACGGGAUAAGUAGCAUCCCAACAUUCUUGUUCAUAAAGGCUGGCGAGAAGUUGGACUCCCUCAUUGGAGCCAACUACGAGUUGUUAACUAAAAAGGUGAAAAGGAGCAAGAGCUGGCUGGCGCUUAGGGAGCGCGGCGACAGAAAGAAGGAUGUGGCGGCCGCCGCCGGGGACCCCCGCGGUCCGCCGCAGUCCAUCACGCCGCGGGUCCCACACGCGACUCGCAACGACGCCGCCGGCUCGGCCAGGGCCGAGGGCUCCACCACGGGCUCCGGCCCCGCACCGCUGCACGUACGAACGCACAGGGCUCGCCGCUCGCCGGCCGACGUGGCGAAUUAA